AUGAGUUCUGAUUCUGAUCCCGAAUUAGAAUUAGAGAAGUAUAAAUCUCGCCUAAUGUCAUCAAUUAACCGUAAAAUGACUGUAACCAUCGAUCAAGAUGAUGAAAAAGACUCUGAUUCACCAACUUUUGAGGAUUUGGGUGUUUGCGUAGAACUUUGUAGAGCUUGUAAGGAACUUGGCUGGAAAACACCUACCAAAAUACAAAUCGAGGCAAUUCCAAUUGCUUUAUCCGGCAAGGAUAUAAUUGGUUUGGCGGAGACUGGAUCGGGGAAAACAGCCGCAUUCACGAUCCCAAUUUUACAGAAGUUACUAGAGAAACCACAACGUUUGUUUUCAUUGAUCCUUGCUCCAACUAGAGAACUAUCCCUACAAAUCAAAGAACAGUUAAUAUCUCUAGAAAUCGGAUUAGACGUUUGCUUGAUACUCGGCGGACUUGAUAUGGUAUCACAGGCCCUACAGUUGAGCAAGAAACCUCACAUCAUAGUCGGUUCUCCCGGUAGAAUCGCAGACCAUUUGCAAAACACGAAGGGGUUUUCACUAGAAACUAUCAAAUACUUGGUCCUUGAUGAGGCAGAUAAACUACUCUCGGCAGAUUUUGACGACUCUCUAAACAAAAUAAUAAUCAGUCUCCCCAAAGAUAAAGUCACAUAUCUCUACAGUGCUACCAUGACUAGUAAGAUUACAAAGUUGCAAAAAGUAACACUCAUGAAGCCAAUUCAAAUAAACGUGAAUACUAAAUACCACACAAACGAACUCCUGAUCCAAAAGUACCUACUGAUUCCCUUGAAGUUCAAGUACACUUACUUGGCCUGCAUUUUAUGGAAAUACUCAACCAGCACUAUUAUGGUCUUUUGCAACACUUGCCUUACUUCUCAAAAAGUGACUCUUUUCCUACAGAACCUGUCCUUUAAAUCAGUCUGUUUGCACGGGAAAUUGAGUCAAAUUCAAAGACUAAACUCACUAAACUCGUUCAAAACAGGCCUCUUCAACAUACUAGUUGUUACUGACGUUGGCAGCCGUGGCAUUGACAUCCCCUUCGUGGACCUUGUAAUCAACUUCGACGUCCCAAACACAAGCAAAGACUAUAUUCACCGCGUUGGUAGAACGGCCAGGGCAGGGAAAUCUGGCAUCUCACUAACCCUAAUAACUCAGUAUGACAUCGAGGCAUUUCAAAGAAUUGAAUACGCACUAAACAAAAAACUGGAAGAGUACAAGGACAUUUCUGAGGAGGAGGUGUAUAGUAAGUACGACGAGUGCUGUAACAGCUUGAGAAAUGAAGAAAUGGACCACAAGAAGAAGUUCCAGCUGAUCAAGACGAAUAAAAAGAACCAGAAAUACAACAAAUCGAAGUUUAAAUUACUGCGCUAA